AUGCCCCCUCCUCAAACUACGGGUAUCUACCCCUCUGAUUCGAUAACGGAAGUAGCCCAAUCCCUCCCUCUCGACCCACUAGGUCCAGGCGCAGCCGACCUCUUAGCUGGUGAUGUAGAGUAUCGCUUGCAUCUGAUCAUUCAGGAAGCCAAAAAAUUCAUGGCACAUGGGAAGAGGGGUACACUGAUGCCUGAGGAUGUGGAGUAUGCUAUGGAUGCUUUGAAUGUUGAGCCAAUCCUAAUACCCCCACGUCCGCUCCCUCUACCAUCCUUUCAAUCCAUCCCCAUCCCCUCAUCUUCAUCCCACCAACAACAGAUCUACCACCUGCCCGACGAGGAGAUAGAUUUCGCGACAUACCUCAAACAACCCUUACCAUCUGGCGUAGCCAAUUCCAGCGGGGUGAAAUGGAAGGCGCAUUGGUUAGCUGUCGAAGGAGUGCAACCUGCCAUUAAGGAGAAUCCAAAUCCUACCCAGAGGAGUGGACAACCCCGCCCUCAACCAUCAUCCACCUCACUCCGACCGCAAGCCCGUACUCAACUACCUCAAGAACUCCAACUAUACUUCACACGUCUUACCACAGCGCUCGUGCCUCCUUCACCUACUGGUCCAGAGACCGAAGCCGAGCGACAUCGUCUGGCAGCUUUAGCAUCUCUCAGAACAGAUGUGGCCGUCGCUGGAAUAUUGAUCUAUGUGGUUAAGUGGUUAGGGGAAAGUAUACAGAAAUGUCUUAUGGCUCCUACGGGGACCAUUGGACAAUUGAUCGAUGCGGUCGAAGCGCUCGUGAGCAAUGAUGGGGUAUUCUUAGAACCUUAUGUACAUAUCCUAUUACCACCUCUCAUGUCUAUUAUCUUGACUGUACCACUUGGACCUCACCCUUCAUCAUCAUCAAGCAAUCAGCCUUCACCUUACGAUCUACGAUUACAUGCGUCUCAGGUAUUGGGUAAAGUAGCUGAUAAAUACGGUAAAUCAUACCCUGGUUUAAUACCUCGUCUCGUAUCGACACUUUCCAAAUCACUCAACUCGCCUCCUUUCCCCUCUCCACUCGGAGCCUCUAACCCCCCUUCGGGUCGAUACGAAGGAUCUCUCCUUGCUUUAUCGUGUCUGGGCAAACAAGCGGUCAGAUCUACCGUAUGGGGUAAAGCAGGCGAGAAUAUCAGUAGGAUCGAUGAUUUGGCGGGUAGAUUGUAUACGGACAGUGGGAGCGGUAAGAAGAGGAAUCCACUUAUUAGAGCUUUGAUUAAAUGCUUAUCGGUGAUUAUCAAUCCCAAACCUGCUGAUACACCCACACCUCAAGUGAAUCUGGACGAGAUUGCCGAUGCGUUUGGACCUAAUUUGGCGAAUAUGUUGAAUAAGAAAUUAUGGACUGCGAAUGAGAUUCUGAGAUUGAGGAGGGAGGAGUUGGAAGCGGAGUCUCAACAUCAGAGUGGUAGUGACGCGAAUGGGGAACGGGAGGGUGAUGGGAUGGAAGUUGACCAGUCAUAG